AUGGUAGAGACUUCCGAUUCAAAGCUACGCAAAAUGGAAGAAGAAAUGACGAGGUUUGAGGCUGAAAUCGCUUCCCAGACGCCUCAAGUAUCUGUACCCGCAACCUCCUUACACUAUAGCCAACCCAUUUCUUCUUACUCCAUGCCUUACGUUCCUGGCUCUCAGUUCGCCUCUCCAGGCCUAAUGCCAGCAAAUCAAUAUAUGGCAACACCUACCACCCCUGGCAUCUAUAUGCCGCCGAACUACUCUAUUCCACCUGCCUUCAUGCCUCCUCCUGCUUCUACACAACCGGUAAUUCAAGCACAGCCAACUGUCAUUUCUGCACCUCCUCAAAUGGCUGCCCCCUCACAGCUGGCAGCCGCCGUACGGGCCAACAGAGAGGCCGAGGCAGCUGCUAAAUUAGCUGCUGCCGCCGACGCCUUUGAUGUUGACGAUGAUGUAACGCGUGCUCUUUUGGCUGCUGCUGCUGGUGUCACCUACAACCACCAAGUUGCUCCCUCUUCCUCCUUAGCUUCUACUCCUGCCUCAGCCACCGCUUCCACUGCCUCAGACACCAAGUCGGCCACAGCCACACCAGCCACCAAGGUAGUGCCUAGUGUGCCCAGCAAAACGGUUGUGGUACCACAAAGCCUUCUGCCCACACAACUCUCUUCCUCAACUACUUCACCAUCUCAACGCGGCGCCUCCCGCUUAACGCUACUGGACACCUCGGUGGCCCCGCCCAUGCGCUCCAAGGCCAGUCUCACUGAAGAACCCUACUCCUUUCAGAAGAAGGUAUACAAACGCGUCGCCGCUGGCAUGGUGUGGGAGGAUCCCACACUGUCUGACUGGGAUCCCAAUGACUUCAGGAUAUUUUGCGGCGAUCUGGGAAAUGAAGUCUCCGACGAUACGCUAAUUCGUGCCUUCUCGCGUUAUCCCUCGUUUCGCAAAGCCAAGGUGAUUGUAGACAAGAGAACCGGAAAGUCGCGUGGAUACGGCUUUGUGAGCUUCUCCGACCCCAAUGACUUCACACGUGCUAUGCGAGAGAUGAAUGGCAAGUACGUGGGUAAUCGACCGAUCAAGUUGAAGAAGAGUGACUGGAGAAAUCGGCAGCUGGAGACCUACCGGAAGAAGGAGAAGGAGAAGAAGAGAUUGGGCUUGAGACUUUAA